CAUAACCAUUAAACCUUUUCUUCUUCCUUAAUGCGGCAUGUCUCUACUCCAGUAAAUCUUCAUCUUCUCAAAAUUCGCUUACCCUUUUGAGCUAAGGGUAAGAUAAUAGCACUUUUCAGUUUCAAACAUUCAAAAUUUACCCAUUCAUGUUCCUUCUUCCUUCGCUGCAAAAACUCAAUGUUCUCUUCAAUCCUAAAUUCUAAUCAACCUAGGGAUAAGCAACAACAGAAACAAAAGGGAGAAUGGUUCGCAGGGAGCUUCAAGGCAGAGAACUUCAUUCCAGGUCUUGUUAUAGGUUUCAUUUUUGGGUUGUUGUUAGAUUUAACGAAGCCCAGUAGAAAUCACUUGUCCAAGAAACAAUUGUCAUCUACCAAGCUUCAAGAGAAACUCUCAGUCUCCAGCAAUGGUGACCGAGAACUUAAAAUGGUUCUGGUCGUUCGACAAGACUUGAAGAUGAAAUCUGGAAAGAUUGCAUCUCAAUGUGCUCAUGCUGCAACUGGCAUGUAUGCUGAGUUAAUGCAAAGUGAUAGGUCUCUUCUGAGACAAUGGGAACAGUGUGGCCAGCCCAAAAUUGUUGUGACUUGUAGGAAUCAACAAGAGAUGAAUAAACUGAAGGACGCAGCUGAGAGUAUUGGCCUUCCUACAUUUGUUGUUGCUGACGCAGGAAGAACACAGGUUUCGGCAGGAUCAAAAACUGUUCUUGCUGUUGGACCUGGUAAGCUUCCUGUUGCCUGCAUGUCAUGACCAAAAUCAUCUGUGGACGCGGUGACUGGUAGAUUGGCACUGCUUUGACAGCAUUCCAGAAGCAUGUCCUAAUAUGAUAAAUACCUGAGCUUGUUGCCACUUGGUAUUGUGUUCUAACGUGUUAUCUAACACCGCCAUCAGUUGCCUGAUUAGUCAUCGUCACAGUGGCUUAAGCAACACGGCAAUGGUAUGCUUGUGUUCAAUAGGUGUAGUUGCAUGAAUUUCAUCACCCUGUCUACCAUGAUGAACAAAAACUAUUUAUUUGUUAUUAUAUAGAAUUGUUGAAGGACGGUUUAAUGAGUCUCAUCCUGGUUAAGGUUA